UUCCCCACUAGGAAUCCUUCAAAUAGCAAAAUUAAUAUCAAAGAAAUAAAACAGAUGUUUAGUGUUUUUGAAAAAAUCUAGAAGUACAAGGUUGAUGUAUCACAGUCUAAACAAUGUUCUAUUAAAUGUGGAAUAAACCUAAUAAUUCUUCAUGCAUCUUCCUCCUCCGCAGCAGUUUCACUGCCAAGUUUAAGACUGCAGCGUUUGCUCUUAGUUUUCUUCCCCAGAGCCUCUCUUUCCAGCUCAGACUACAUUCAGUAGGAGCAGAAAUCUCACCAAUGUGUACAGUAACUUUAAAUCAACUUUCAUUCUGCAAUAUACACUAAUGCUGCUUUUUCACUCCCAUUCUUCAUGUGCAUUCUGGAGAUCAAAGGAAUUAAUAAUAAUAAUGUUAAAAAACCCUAAAAACCUGAACCAACCACUAUGGACAAGGCACAGUAUCUGUUUGACAUUUAUGCAUUUUAGUUUUAAGAGAAAAACACUCUUGAAUGUGUCCUCCAUGUGACAGUGCUCUCCAUAGACAGGUACAUCUACAAACAUCCCAGUGUGUAGACAGAUACAUGGACAAAGAGAGUGGGAGUAGUUACUUUGAAAUAAUGCAUGAACUUAAUUUAUACACAUUUAAGGUUUGUUGACAACUGAUCUCCUCCAUCCCAUACCAUUUUUCUGUCUCAGUGCUGUACAUCCAUAUCUAAUUGAAGGUCUUCUGGUAAUUCCUCUCACCUCCAGAACCUUCUUUGCUGACCACUCCCAAGACUUGAAAGCUUCCCUUAUAAUGGUUUUUCCUUAUCCUGUCCCAAGAUCCCACCUUCUGCUAAUCUCGCCACCCCAGCAUUGGUCUUCCCCUCAUUUCCUGAUGAUCUUGAUCAGAGGUAUUUGUAGGGCAUCCAUCACUAUUAUCUAGACCAAAGAUUUGCAAUCUCUGUUCAAUGGGUCAUUGAGGUUCAGCAGCGUAUUUGAUCAUGGCGUGUUGAGCCGGUUGGUCGUAUGAUGCUGGCCUGUUGUCUUGUUCCCUGCUGCUAAACUGCUUUAAAAGAAGCUAAAACCAUAUUAAUAUUCUUCCUCAUAAGCAAUUGCUCUAGUUAUUACGGGAUGUGAGGUGAUAUGUGGAAGGAGAAGGAGAUCAGUGCGAUUGACUCCUGGGACACCUUCUCUUCCAUUCAUAAUCUCUCUGUUACAAUGUGAUCCACAUUGGGGAGGAAGGAGAAGAAGGGGGAAAGCUUGGGUACUUACGAUAUAGCCACCAAAUACUGUAUUAAGACUCAAGGAGGACCUCCGCUUCUGCUGAUUUGUCUGCAGUCUCAGAUCCUUCCCGUCUAUGACUUCCUUUCCUACAGAACUGCCUUUUCCACUGAUCUCCUUCCCCUUGACCAUUCAUGGGAACUCAUUCUGUUUGUGCUGAUUUGCAUCUUUUUCUGCUGCCCUAGAAACUCGUGUUCUGAUGAUGUCUUCCCCUCCCUGUCACUCUUCUUUGAUGGCCAUCUACAACUCCUCCUUCAUAUCCAGGAAUUCCUCUUUUGCUGAUCUUUCUUAUUCCUCGCUCCCCCUGCACUGAAGUUUCCAGCUGGAUGUUUUAGCUGUGUACACUUCGUGCUUCUUGAAAGGUGACUGCGUGCUGUGUGUUUCAGCAACAUUGCUCACCAGAUGUGACUUUCACUUUUUAUUUAAAAAAGCUAAUUUGGGAGCAAUAAAAACACUUGAAUAACCAUCUGUUUAAUGAUGUGGAUGAGUGUGCCCAAGGGACUGAUGACUGUCAUCCAGAUGCUAUUUGUCAAAACAUUCCAAAGCUGUACAAGUGCACAUGCAAACUGGGUUACAGCGGUGAAGGGAAAACGUGUGAAGACAUUGAUGAAUGUGAUAAUGACUUCAAUGGAGGCUGUGUACAUGAAUGUUUCAACAUUCCAGGCAAUUAUCGCUGCACUUGUUAUGAUGGCUUCAUGUUGGCUCACGAUGGCCAUAAUUGUCUCGAUACGGAUGAAUGCAUGUUCAACAACGGUGGUUGCCAGCACCUUUGUGUCAAUACCGUGGGGAGCUAUGAGUGUCGUUGUAAGGCAGGGUUCUUCCUGAGUGACAACCAGCACACAUGCAUUCACCAUUCCGAAGAUGGCAUGAGCUGCAUGAAUAAAGACCAUGGCUGUGCCCAUAUCUGCAGAGAAGCACCGAAAGGAGGAGUGGCAUGUGAAUGCAGACCUGGAUUUGAACUGGCCAGGAACCAGAGGGACUGCAUUUUGACAUGCAAUCAUGGGAAUGGUGGGUGUCAGCAUACUUGUGAGGAUGCCGAUGAUGGGCCCAUUUGUGGAUGUCACCCAAAGUACGCAGUGCACUCAGAUGGGAAAACCUGCCUUGAAAGAGAGGAGGCUGUAGCUGAGAUCUCUGAGAGCAAUGCCACAGCGGGAGCUGAUGUGGAUAAGCGAGUAAAGCGGCGGCUGAUCAUGGAAACGUGCGCUGUAAAUAAUGGUGGAUGCGACCGCACUUGCAAAGACACCUCGACUGGAGUUCACUGCAGCUGUCCCAUCGGAUUUACACUCCAGUUUGAUGGGAAGACAUGUAAAGAUAUUGAUGAAUGCCAGGCCAGCAAUGGAGGCUGUGAUCAUUUUUGUAAAAACACUGUUGGCAGUUUUGAUUGCAGCUGCAAAAAAGGAUUUAAAUUAUUGACCGAUGAGAAGUCUUGUCAAGACAUUGAUGAAUGUUCUUUUGAAAGGACAUGUGACCAUACGUGCAUCAAUCAUCCAGGCUCUUUUGAGUGUAGUUGUAACAAAGGAUACACUCUCUAUGGCUUCACGCAUUGUGGAGAUAUUAAUGAAUGUAGCAUCAACAAUGGAGGCUGCCAGCAGACCUGUGUGAACACACUGGGGGAUUAUGACUGUCAGUGUCAUUCCAGCCACAGAUUACACUGGAAUAAAAAGGACUGUGUCGAGAUAGAGGGGUCCCUGCCUGAUAAUAUAUCACCCAAAGUAUUGCUGUCCUGUACAAAGAGCGAUAGGAGCGAUAAAUGCAUCUUAAACUGUCCCUCCGAGGUCCAUUUGAUUUCUGGAAUGCAAGACGCCUACACUCUUACCUGUGGCAGCUCUUCUCAGCUUAAGAAAAAACAGCAAAAUACAAAUGAAUCUACUUGCCUGGAAGAUACCUCAACCAUCAAGACAAGUGUAACCUUUAAGUUUAAUGAAGGAAAAUGUCGUUUGAAAAAGACUGAGAUGUUUCAAGAAGGUCUACAACAGAAAAUACCAGAUUAUCGUAACUCAGUAAUGGAGAGCUUCUACUAUGUAAACCUAAAAUGCAGCUCUGGAAUGAAAGUUCUCGGCGCCGUCAGCAGACCCACGACAGCUAAAGAAAUGUUUAUCACAGUGGACUUUGAGCUUGAGACAAACCAACAGGAGGUGACAGACACAUGUGAUUUGAGCUGUGCUCGAAAAAGGACUGAGAAGAGACUCCGCAAAACAAUUAGAACCUUGCGGAAGGCAAUCAACAGGGAGCAAUUCCAUGUUCGUCUCUCUGGCAUGGACCAUGAAGUGGCCGAAAAGUCUCCCAGACCCUCGAAUCCACAGGAGUUCUGUGGCAUGGGACAAAUGCGUGUGGAUAAUAGAUGUGCUAACUGCAGUGUCGGAACAUACUAUGAUGGGGAACAAGAACUCUGUGUUUUAUGCCCUAAUGGAACAUACCAAGAUGAGGAAGGACAAAUAACUUGUGAACCUUGCCCAAGUCCUCAGAACCUGGGAAACCAAAAAUUAACUGGAGCUCGGGAUAUAUCCAAAUGUGGAGGUCAGUGCUCACGGGGUGAAUAUUCCUCUGAUGGCUUCAAGCCCUGUCUGCCUUGUCCCUUUGGAACAUACCAACCUGAAGCUGGCCGGACAGCCUGCUUUCCAUGUGGAGGAGGCCUGACAACAAAAUACAGCGGUGCAUCAAUGUUUCAGGACUGCGAGACGAAAGUUCAAUGUUCACCUGGUCAUUUUUAUAAUACUACAACUCACCGAUGUAUUCGCUGCACAGUUGGGACCUACCAACCUGAGUUUGGUCAAAAUUAUUGUAUUUCAUGCCCUGGAAACACCACUACUGAUUUUGAUGGAUCAACAAACAUAACCCAGUGUAAAAAUAGACACUGUGGAGGUGAACUUGGAGAUUUCACUGGAUAUGUUGAAUCCCCAAACUAUCCUGGGAAUUACCCUGCGAACAUUGAAUGUACGUGGACUAUAAAUCCACCUCCUAAGCGCCGCAUUCUGAUUGUGGUUCCAGAAAUAUUUCUGCCAAUAGAAGAUGAAUGUGGAGACUACCUGGUGAUGCGAAAAAGUUCUUCCUCCAAUUCUGUGACCACAUAUGAAACCUGCCAAACCUACGAACGCCCUAUAGCUUUCACAUCUAGGUCUAAAAAACUGUGGAUCCACUUCAAGUCAAAUGAAGGGAAUAGUGCCAAAGGAUUCCAGGUGCCUUAUGUAACAUACGAUGAGGAUUACCAGGAGCUAAUAGAAGACAUAGUUCGGGAUGGUAGACUCUAUGCAUCUGAAAAUCAUCAAGAAAUACUUAAGGAUAAGAAGCUGAUAAAGGCAUUGUUUGAUGUCUUGGCACAUCCACAGAAUUACUUCAAGUACACAGCACAAGAGUCUAGAGAGAUGUUCCCACGAUCCUUUAUUCGACUGCUGCGCUCUAAAGUUUCCAGAUUUUUGAGGCCUUACAAAUAACCGGUCCUACAUUUUGAACACUAAACAGCCCCUAAUGAUGCAGCAGAGCAUUGGGAUGGAUGAGGCUGUGUCUGAGUGUUUUGCACACUGGCAGAGAGACUGCAGGGAAGCUCUCCAAUUAGUUCUUUUGCAGAGUAUGGCUUUCAUAGCUAAUAUAAAUGUUUUUGGUGAACAGAAUUUUGAUUCCUUUCCAGAUGAUCCCUUUCGGGUCACAAGAUGCUCUCCGGGUUAAAUGUCUGUUGGAUUAGAGACUGGCAAUGUUUUCUGUAAUUAAAUGAUGCCAGGCAUGAUCUCUUCAGAGCUCUGUCCUGUUGCUGCAUCAGUAACACAAAAGCUAAUAAAUGUGGACGUGCUAAGUA